AUGGCACCAUCCGGCCUCGCAAUCCUCAUCGGAGCUGGCCCCAACACAGGCUCCGGAAUCGCACGCAUCCUGUCCUCACCAUCCCACGGCAACCUCGCCGUCGCGCUCCUCGCCCGACGCCCCGACUCCAUCAGCUCCUCCAUCUCCAAAAUCCGGCAAUCCAACCCGUCCGUCGUGCUCGAAGCCUUCCCCUCCGACACAUCCAAAGCGAGUCUCGAAAAAGCGUUUGCGGAUAUAAAAGCGCACAAAAGCUUCCAGGGCUUGAAGCUCAACAUGGCGAUUUACAGCAUCAAGCACAGCAGCAAGAAGCCGUUUUUGGAAGAGUCGCGAGAGGAGUUUGAGGAGAGUUUGGAGACGUAUGUGGGUGGCGCGUUUACGUUUGCGCAGGAGAGUUUGAAGAGGAUGUUUGUGGAUCAUGGGGAGGAGGGGUUGCAGGAGGGUGGGGGGAAGAAGGGGACUAUCAUAUUCACCGGCACCCUCGGCGCUCUACGCUGCAGUGCGCAAUUCGCUGCGUACGGUGCUGGCCGCGCAUCGGUCCGCCAACUCGCGCAGACUCUGGCGAGGGAGAUGAGCGAGAAGGGCGUGCAUGUCGUACACACCAUUGCAAAUGGCAGCAUUGCUGAUGAAGACGGUGAGGCGCAGAAGGCAGGGAAGAAGAUGAGUGCGGAUGCAGUUGGCGAGACAUAUUUGUGGCUGCAUAAUCAGAAGCCGUGUUUGUGGACGCAUGAGUUGGACAUGAGGCCUGCAUGCGAGAAAUUCUAG